GUCAUGGGCAACAUCACAAGCCAAGAAGAGGCACAGGGAGAUGCUGAGGGUCACACGUGGUGCAACACCAUGAAGACGUUGACCGCAUUGCUGGUCGUCACAUGUGCCCUGCUUGUCAUGGUGGUUCUCAUAUCCAUGCACAAGAAGAAGAAACUCACCAUCUUGGCAUGGCUGCGAGUGCACGUGCUGGGGCGCCCCGACUUUACCAGCCGCAGCGUGCAACUCCAGCAGGCGCCUUCCAGCCAGCUCCCUCCAUCCCGGGCCGCCAUGGCCAAGACCAGAGCGCCGAAUCCCACCCCUGAUGAAUAUGACGCUCCCAACCCAGCGUUCCCCAUAGUGGACAUCCAGAACAUUCUGCCCCUGGAGGGGGGCUGGGAGCAGCCUGGUGCGCACGGCAGCGUGAGGGAGGGCAUUUGGCUGGAUUGGAAUCAGCGGGCACGCAAGGUUGCCAUCAAGGUUGCCCGGUUGCCGAGCAGCGACGACUGCGUGGAUGCCAUAACCAAGGAGUUCGAGAUCCUGGCGACGCUGCCGCCCCACCCGAGGAUCGUGUGGGUGAUCGGCAUGCGCCUUGGGGAGGGCCCAAUGAUCGUCCAGGAGCUCAUGGCCAUGAAUCUGGGGGGGGCCUUGUCAGUGGAGGCCCCCGGGCUGACCUACCUACAGAUUCUAGGAAUAGGGUUAGACGUUUCCAGGGGGAUGAGUCACCUGCAUGAGCAUGGGGUCACGCAUUUUGGCAUCAAGCCAUCAAACAUCUUGCUGGACACAGAGGGGCGGGCGAAGCUGGCGGACUUCACGUGCUCGAAGUUGAAGAUGGCGUCGACGGUUUGCGUGGCUGGGUGCGGCACGUUGGGCUACAUCGCGCCAGAGUGCCUCGUGGGUCCUUCGAGAACCUCGCAGAGCCUUCAGGAAGCGGCUCCGGAGACCAGCCCCGAGCCCCGGGGACCUGUCGGAGAAGUUCCAGAGGAGAAGGUGGACAUCUACAGCUUUGGGAAGGUCAUGCUGGAAUGUGUGACUGGACGAUUGGAUGUUAAGAACGAAGCUGCAGCGAAGCUGUGCCCCGGUGAGGUUUGGGAAUUGAUCGGCUGGUGCGUGAGCAGGGAUCCCAAGGACAGGCCGAGCAGUGAGGAAGUUGUUGGGAAGCUGGAGGGGAUGUUACAGUGCGGGGGGGAGUGGCUGGGCAGGAGCCCCAGACAGGACGUUUGGCUGGCAACGUGA